UGCAAAAUCUCUCUCAAAAUUUGUAAUUGGCGUUGCCUGCAGAGAUGGUUGACCUGCUGCUGGAAUGGCGGCCGGCUCUCGCCGGCGAGGUCGACAGCGACGGCGGCACCCCGCUCCAUUUCGCGUCGUCAGAUGGCGACCGCGCCGUCGUGCGCGCGAUCCUGCGCGCGGGGCCACCGGGAAUGGUGUACAAGAAGGAUUACUUGGGCGGCCUCUCGGCUCUCCACGUCGCGGCGCGGAUGGGCCACCGCCGCGUCGUCGAGGACAUGCUGGAGGCCUACCCCGACGCCGCCGAGCUCCGGGGCGGCGACGGCGGGACCUUCAUGCACGCCGCGGCGAGGGAGAAGCGGUCCAAGGUGGUGUCCCUCGCCAUCGGGAAAACCAAGCUGCGGGGGCUCUUGGACGCGCAGGACCGGGACGGGAACACGCCGCUCCACCUCGCGGUGGCCGCAGGCGCUCCCGCCGUCGUCGAGGCCCUGCUGCGGAAGGGCAAGGUCCGGACGGAUGUCCUCAACAACGACGGGCGCCCGCCGUUGGAUCUCGCCACGGGAUCGACAAGCUUCUUCACCAUGGUGAGCCUGGUGGUGACGCUCGCCGCGUUCCGGGCAAAGCUCCGGCCGCAUAGGCAGGACCACGCGAAACCGUGGAGCGGCGGCGACGUCGGGAAGUGGAUAGACAAGAUGUCCGACUCCCUCUCGGUGGUGGCCGUGCUCAUCGCCACCGCGGCGUUCGCCGCCGGGUUCAACCUGCCAGGCGGGUACGGCGACAACAACGGCAAGGCGAACCUCUCGGGCAGCCCCGUCUUCAAGAUCUUCCUGGUCCUGGACACCGUCGCCGUGGCGGCGUCCGUGACCGCGGUGAUCCUGCUCGUCUACGGGAAGGGGUCGCGCUCCACCGGGUCGUGGAAGAGCUUCGCGGCGGCGCUGCUGUGCAUGUGGGUGGCGCUGAUCAGCCUGCUGCUGGGCUACUACAUGGCGCUGAGCUCCGUGACGAACACGAGGGCGGUCUACCGCGUCGGGCUCAUCGUGAUAUACGUCGGCGUAUCUGUCCUGCAGUUGUGCAUCGAAAACUGGGUUGGCCCGUCGUCGUCGUCCUGCACGGUCUGGAGGUUUUUCCUGGUUCAUCAGCUCCGGCGAUCCAAGGGAAGACGUGCCGUCAAGCGGCAGUUUCCUCUCGCCGGCGCUUCCGUGCUCAGCUUCUAUGCGUAUCAAGGCCGCGCUUCUCGGCCGACCGCCGCUCCCCGCCGGGCGGUGCUCCCCGACUGGCCGCCGCUCCUCAUCGCGCGGCGCUCCCCGCCGGCCUCCUGCAGAGUCAGCCUCCUCAGCUCUUCAUCUUUGCAAUGA